ACCAUGCCACCCCUCCUGCCCUCAGGGAUGCUGAACAGACUACAACUCCCAGAAUUCCUCACUGUAAAUAGACACGCAAUCUGGCGAGAGGAACUCGGCAGAAGUUGGGGUGACAGAAGAAGUUAUGGGUCCGUAUUAGUUCAGCCUGUUUGUUUCCCUUAAAAACAAACGAACUGCUUUGUGGACCUCGGCUGUGCGUGGAUUAUGGCGCCGCGAAAGCAGGACGUUGCGCUGAAGCGGUCGGUCCUAAACCUGCGGUCGCCGGUGAAGCUGCGACGCAGCUCCGCAGUCUUGCCCUCGGUGCUGACGUUCGCGGUGAUCGUGGCGUCCGGAGGCCUGUUGCUGAUGAUCGAGAAGGGGCUGCUGAACAGCGUGGACACCCCUCCACCCAGAGGAAACGGCAAGAAAGCGGACUACCUCCGACCGGCUAGACAUCAUAGCCCCACCGUGGACACGGAGUCUCAGAUUCUUCAGGACAUCCGUAACCGCACCAUCUCGACUGUGUGCGGUCAGAAGAACAUGCCGCACAGCGUGUGGUCCCUCAACCCGCUGCAGAGGAAGACUGUGCUGCAGCAUAUCCUGGUCAACGACGAGCACAAGUUCCUGUACUGCUACGUGCCCAAGGUGGCCUGCUCCAACUGGAAGCGCGUGCUGAAGGUCCUGAGCGGCGCGCUGGAGAGCGUCAACGUGAAAAUCAAAAUGGACCACAAGAGUGACCUGCUUUUCCUGUCCGACCUGAAGCCUGAGGAGAUCCGACUCCGCCUCAAGCACUACUUCAAGUUCCUGUUCGUCCGAGACCCCAUGGAGCGCCUGCUCUCUGCCUACAGGAACAAGUUUGGUGAGAUCGAGGCAUACCAGAAGAAGUACGGCAUGGAGAUUGUGAAGCGGUACCGGAAGAACCCAGGGAAGUCUGCGGGGGAUGACGUGACAUUUGCAGAGUUUGUGCGCUACCUACUGGAUGAGGAUGUGGAGCGCAUGAAUGAGCACUGGAUGCCCAUCUACAACCUGUGCCAGCCCUGCGCCGUGUCCUACGACUUCAUCGGCUCCUAUGAGCGCCUGCAGACCGAUGCCAGCUACGUCCUGCAGCGAGUCCAGGCCCCGCCUCACGUCCAGUUCCCUGAGAGACAGACCUGGUACAAGCCAGUGACCCCUCAAACACUGCAGUACUAUCUGUGCAGCCUGCCCCAACGGCUGCUGACCGAACUCUUGCCCAAGUACAUCCUGGACUUCUCCCUCUUCAGCUACCCCCUCCCCAACACCACCAGCCAGCUCUGCAGACACUAGCAUAACUGCUUUUACAUAGAUAUCUUUCUUAUACAAUUUUUUUUAUUAAUGGUCAUGUAGGGUUAUUUUGAUAUUGAGAGAAAUUUUAUACUUCAGAUUUUUUUCCUUACAGCUCUGGGAAAUGUUUGAACCUGCUGUUGUCACAUAUCAAACCCCAGACCAGGGAGAGGAGGUUGAAACCACUUCUGUAGGAUAUGCAUUUUACUGCCAGCUACAUAGAAAUGACGGUUAUCAAAUGAUUGUGAUGUUGUUAAGAUGAAUCACAAUCGUUGCAUAUCAGUGGAAGAUACAAGUAAUUAACUGAACUGUGAGCUGGUAGCUCUGUCAGUUUCCAGUGUUGCCUCUGUGUUGAAUCUGUGCUUGUUUCAGGUUUGAACCAAAACAUGGACCCAUCCAUUAGCAACAUUAAAA